AUGGCGAACUGCUGUAAUUGGUUGAAACGAUGGAAAGAACCUGCAAGACUGGCUAAUAAACAGGACCAAGAUGGGGCAUUGGCUGAAGCAGAUAUCAUUGAGAACCUGUCAUUGGAGAAGCUUGUCAACGAGAAUAAAUGCCUCUGUCAGAUUGAACCCUGUUCUGCAGUGCUGGGUUAUGGUAAGAAGGUUGACAAAUCCAUCAAGAAUGGCCUUAACUGGCUCCUGAAUAACAUUGCCAAGGACUACGAGGCAAUUUCAGAACGUGUGCAAAAAGAUACAGCUGAGCAGAAGGCUCAGGAAGAACAAGACAAGAAGGAAAGAGCAGAGAGAGUCCGGCGGAUCAGAGAGGAGAGAGACAGACAGGAGCGAGAAGAGGCAGAGCAAGAAGGAAGGGCAUUGAAAGAGGAGGAGCUAGAUGAUGUCAACAUGCUCAACCCAUUCCAGCCAAUAAACAAUGUUUUUAAUGAGAAUGAAGACAGAUUAAACAAAGAGAAAGAGAUGCAAAGACAGAGAGAAAAUGGCGAGCUGGGCAGUGUGCAAGAACCGACAGUCCUUCAAGAUGAGGAGGAUGAUGAAGAUGAGGAGGAUGAAGAGAGCGAGAGACAGACCACGGAGAGCACAGAAUCAGGAGCAGUGGACCAGACCAAAAAGAAAACUAGGAAAUUACGAUUGAAACGUAAGCACAGAGUCGACCCUCUCAGAGUGGAAGAAGCAGCACCCAAAAGCCCCACUCCUCCUCCCUUACCAGUUGGAUGGGCUACUCCUAAAGUUUCUAGGCUCCCCAAACUUGAGCCUCUUGGAGAUACAAGACAUUCUGAUUUCUAUGGCAAACCUCUCCCACCUGUAGCAAUUAGGCAGAGGCCGAACAGCGAUACUCAUGAUGUAAUUUCCUAACACUACCUCUGCUUCCCCCCUGACUGGUUUACAAUUCUCAAGGGUCCCAACCAAUCAAAGUAUUGUUUUGUUCUUAUCUUCAAGCACGGGCAGUGUAGCAAACUAUGCAGAUUGCCCAUAAGUGAGGAACUGAUACCCAAUCGACAAACCCAGAUGGAUCACAUGACCUCAAGCACCGUCUGAGAUGGGGGACAAGGACAUUCACUGUUCAGAUAAUGUGCUUAAAUUUAAAACGGUUCAGUGUUUUACUUUCUUUAGAGCUGUUUGUCUUAUUUUGAUCAAAAUACUUAAAAUCAGUAUUACUAGACAUUUGAAACUCAAUUGAGACUUCUUUUGUGGAAAAUAUAUCACAGACCUAUUUUUAAGAGAAUUGAAAUGUAUUUAAAUACAUCAAAGUUUAAAUUUGUGUACUUGAAAUUGUACAAAAAUGUUUUUAUGGGAUGGUCCACAUGCAUAUCUUAAGCUCUUGUGCAUAUAUAAUGUGCAGUUAAUUGUGACACACUUUGCCUUUAAUGUAUCAGAUGGUCUUUUUUUCUAAGCAGCAUUUAUAGGUUUAUACACUACGCUGUCUUAAUUUUGAGAAUGACAUUCAUACUCUCAAAUAGCACCAGCAACAUAUACAGAGAUCGUGAGAAGGUGAACUUUUGAAUGUGAUGUGAAAUGUUUGUGCAAGCUCAUUAUUGAGUUUGAAACAGCAUUUUAUUUUCACAUACAGUACAUCUUGCUUUAAUGGAGCAAAAGAUUCUGAAAGAUGAUGAGUAUAAUUUCGUGAUUUACAGAUAAGAGAUUCCACUGUAGGUGUAACAAUGGUCAACCUCCAAUAUAUAUACAUAUUUUAAUGUAUGAUGUCAUAUAUUGUAAAUGCUGCUUGCAUAUUUAUUUGAUGCUAUUGCCAUUUUUUUAUAUAUUUCACAUUGCUUGUUUUGUUUUUUAUUUUCCCCCCCACACUAAUAUUUAGUUGACGUUUCAUCAAGUUUGCUCUGCUUUCAGUACCUGCUUCUUUUGUACCCAGUUCACAUUUAAUAUGAAUGUCAAAUUAAAUAUAUUAUACUAAUUUAUAUUUCUACUCAGUUAUUUAUUUAUUUUUUAUUAUUUUUUUUAUUGCAGAGAACGGGAACAUACAGAAGAAUAAGCAUACAUCACAUAAUAUCAGCCACAAAAAUAAAAAUAGAAACAAAGCACAAAAAAAUAAUAAAAUAAAGAUAAGAUGGCCAUCAUCUAAACAUGAUCACAUGAAGAGAUCAAAGGCAGAGCAAAUCCAAACAGUCCUUAUAGCUUUCUUAUUAGUAGAUACUGAAAUUACAUUCAAAUAAUUUUCCAUUUCUUUUAGGAAGACAGAGAAGACCGGUUUACAGUUGGAAAAUGUGCAUUUGUGAAUGUGAAAUUUGCUUAGAAAAA